UAGGUCAUAAUUGAAUAACAAGUUUUGGUGCCAUACCCUUGAUACUAAUAUGCUUCAGCCACAAACUCGGGAACAGUUUCUUGUUGUGACCGGCUUGGCAUGCUGCAGUAUAUCAGAUGGAUUGAUUUUUGGUCAAAUGUCUGGGAUGUUAGAUGCAUUACAUUCCAAAAAUAGUGAGAUACCUCUGGACCAAAGUGAUUUAAGCUGGAUCGGUGAAUAUAAUUUUAUUAUGUCAAAUAAACACAGGAUGAUUUGAUUAUCGGAGAUAAUUUUGAUGCAUCUUCUAUCAACAUCACGUGCUUCUGGGGUUUCCUUCUCGUAGCUGUAGUCACUGAAGUAUAUGGACGAAGACGAGCAAUCACCAUGCUCAACAUUCCAGUUUUAAUAUGUUGGAUAAUGGUUUAUUUAGCCCAGGAUAAGGCCACCUUGCUAAUAUCACGAGUAAUUGUUGGUGUAUCGUAUGGCGGUGUACUUAUACUAACUUAUCUAAGUGUAGCAGAAUAUACUUCACCGAAUAUUAGAUCAUUUUGUUUGAAUGUAAUGGGAUGCGUUGGCUUAUACGUAGGGAUUUCACUGGGACACGUUUCAAGCCUCUUAUUCUCUUGGAGAACAGUUGCAUUGAUUGGGGCAAUUCCAACGCUAUUAGCAAUUGUCCUCCCAUUAUUCUGGGUAGAAAGCCCGUCGUGGUUGGCAUCAAAAGGACGCUUCGAUGAAUGCAAAAUAGCAUUUGAAGCACUACAUGUUUUUAAUGAAGAAACAAAUAAGGAAUUGGAGUUUUUAAUAUCUUCGGAGCAAAGAAAGCAAGUGCGAUAUUCGAAGAACACGAACCUUGUAAAAUUUAUUUUUAGUAAAAUAUCACUUGCCAUUCGAAAAAGGUAUUUUUGGAAAAUAAGCCUUGUCAAUACUGUUAUAAAUAUUUACAGAAUAGCUGGUGGACGCAUUAUGUUCAGUACUCUGGCAUUAACUAUCUUACAAGAUAUAGCAGGAAAAACCAGCAUUCUCUCUCAUACCUUGUUAGUUGAUGGCUUUUCUAUUCUUGGAGCCGUAAUAUCUUGCUUUUUAGUCAAGAAAUUUAAAAUGCGACCACUACUAUUUACAUCCGGUAUUAUAUCCAACACAAUUUUAUUAAUCUUGGCAAUUUGUUUAUACUGCAGACCGGAAAAAGAUGAAAUAUUCACAUGGGUGAAAGUUUCAUUAUUAGCAUUAUACUUUAUAACUGUUUUAGCAGGUCCCUACGCUGUAUUAGAAACUCUUUUAAUGGAGAUAAUCCCUCUGGAAAUCAAAGCAUACUUUAUAUUCUUUUUUGGUGCGUUAAUUGGAAUAAUUCAGUUUCUAGCAGUAAAAAUGGCACCUGUUAUGUUUAGCUCAAUAGGAUACCACGGUGUCUUCAUUAUAAACGCUGGGAUCGUAACAUUAUGUUUAAUUUUCCUAUGGUUUUAUUUGCCUGAAACUAAAGGUAAAACAUUGGAAGCAAUUGAAAAUCAUUUUAUUUGUCAAACAAAUGAAAUUGAGUUAAAUGACAUUGACCAAUGCAAUGAAUUAAUGCGAAUGAAACGAAAUAGUAUAGAGAUCUAAUUUAGGUAUAACUUUCACAAAUUUUACAAGGACUUCGUAAUUGUUUAAUGGAGAAUCGACUUGUGUGGACAUGCUAGCGCCCUCUCAUAUUGAAAACACAACUGAGGCGGCAGAUGCAGUAGCACCCGGAACUACCAUAAAUGGUGAUGGAAACAUAUUUCUUCCCUUUAGGGUGGAGACGAUGGGUCCUUGGGGUUCAUCGGCACAAAAACUCAUAACAGAGUUAUCGAGGCGCCUUACUGAUUUGACAGGUGACUCAAGGUCUGGUAUGUACCUCUGUCAGAGGAUGAGUUUGGCCAUACGGAGAUGUAACAUGGCCAGCUUCAUCACCUAACCUGCCGACUUCGAGCUUAACGAUAUUUACUAUUUAUAAUUAAUUAAAUUUAAUAUUUUUAUAGAUUAAUUAAUAUAAAUAUAUUGUGUUUCAUA